UUCUCUGCUAUCUAUAGUGCACCCCGUGAUCAGUAUUGUCACCCAAGCGAGCCUCAACUCCUAGACGUUAGGUAAACAAGACUAGAUGAGUUCCCGCUGCGUCUCUUGAUUGACGGCCAUGUCUUGUUUGCUAUGAAACAUCAGGAGUCAUGGCAAGUCGCCAGCGGAUAACCGCUUUCUCCCUGCUUACACUCGGCGUGUUAUUGUUGCUGUUUUCUGGAGGGAGCUACGGCAGUCCUGUUGGGAAAUGCGUGGGGAACACGCCGUGCCAGUCCCCGGGACCCCCAGUGGUCCUCGUUCCUGGAGACCUGGGAAACCAGCUGGAGGCGAAGCUGGAUAAACCCAGCGUGGUUCAUUACAUCUGUUACAAGAAGACAGCCGCCUUCUUCACUUUGUGGCUCAACCUGGAGCAGCUGGUGCCUGUCGCCAUUGACUGCUGGAUAGACAACAUAAGGCUGAUCUACAACCGGACCACACACACCACCUCAUCACCACCUGGCGUAAACAUCAGCGUCCCUGGAUUUGGCCAGACAUACUCAGUGGAGUAUUUGGACCCCAGUAAACGCAGUGUGGGUAUGUAUUUCUUUAAUAUCGCACAGGCGCUGGAGGAUUGGGGCUACACACGAGGUGACAAUGUCAGAGGAGCUCCCUAUGAUUGGAGGAAAGCACCCAACGAGAAUAAGGAGUACUUCCUGGCGUUGCAGAAGAUGAUUGAGGAGAUGGCAGACAAGGCGGGUGGGCCUGUGGUCCUGAUCGCUCACAGUAUGGGCAAUAUGUACACUUUAUAUUUCCUCAAUCAUCAGCCGCAAGCCUGGAAAGACAAAUACAUCAAAGCUUUCAUCGCUUUGGGGGCACCGUGGGCAGGUGUGACCAAGACACUCCGCGUGAUCAUCUCUGGUGACAAUAAUGGCAUCCCAGUGAUUGGACCGCUGAAGAUUCGCUCUCAGCAACGUUCAGCUGUGUCUACCUCUUGGCUCCUACCCUAUUCCCACACCUGGCCCAAAGAUCAGGUUUUAAUCCAGACGCCCACCACCAACUACACGGUGAUGGACUACAAGCGUUUAUACUCCGACAUAGAUUUCGAGGAUGGCUGGCUAAUGCGUCAGGACACGGAGUCGCUGCUCUUUGACCUCACACCGCCUGGCGUGACCGUCCACUGCUUGUACGGGACCGGCGUUCCCACGUCGGAAGCUUUCCAGUACUCGGCUAAGUUCCCUGACGUCGAGCCCACCGUGGUGUGGGGCGACGGUGAUGGGACGGUCAACCUGCUAAGCGCCACCCAAUGCAAGCGGUGGGCGGGGCUUCAGAAACAGCCAGUGAGCUUGCAAGAGCUUCCAGGGAACGAGCAUGUGAACAUGCUGUUGAAUGUCACCACUAUGGCCUACAUAAAGAAAGUGCUUUUCUCGCCGUGAUGCAGGGUUUGCUCGCCAAAAUCCUUCUCUUGGACAUAACGCAACUUGAAGGCGCAGCAGCCAUUUUGAUACCUCUCAGCCAAUAACCUUUAUUUGGGCCGUGUUCCAUUUAAGAAGUCAUCUCAGACUUUUUUUUUUUUUCAAGUAAACUAUUUAAAAUAAUUUGAUAUAUUAGUUUUAACUACGUAUCAAAGAUCACUCAGAAUGUUUAUUGACUUUUGUAUUUUAUCUUUUAAAGAAGCCAAGACAUCAAGUGUGAUUAUUGUAUUGAAGAGGCUAAACAGGAUAUACAGAGCGUGUGGUCUAAGAUAGUCUGCAAAGCUUUGAAUUCAAUAAGCUCAUAUUGAUACAAUUUUUUGUGUUGUUUCGUACAUUUACUGCAUGUAAUUAAAACUUGACUAUGUUCUCGUGGUUGAUUAUGUUACAUGACAAACUAUAUUUUAGUAAGUUAUCUGUCUCGCAUAAAGUGCCAGGGACGUUUUAAAUACAUUAUUUUCGAUUAUUGUUCUUUAAUGACUAAUUGUAUUUUCUUGAGUCUUCAGGAUUUAGUCCUUAUGGUGUUGAAUAAUCAGGCUCAAAGGUCAUGUUUUGUGUUGGUCUGAAUUUUUCAAUUGUCCUUAGUCUUUUUCUGCACGCUAGUUAGACAACAUCUGUUUUUCCUUUAUUUCCAAAGUGCCAAAUUCUGUGUUUGCCCCUUUUUUAAAAAGUAUUACCAUUUGUUUGCCAAACUAUCGAAUUGUCCUUCUGGUUUAAUUGUAAUUGACUUGAUUGAAAUCUUGAUUGUCUCUUUUGCUCCAGUUUGACGUUGUCAUCCAGUGAAAUUGAAUCUUUGCGUGCAACUUUUUGCAUUUGUGUUUCAUUUAAUUUAAAAAAGUCUCUCUCUAGACAAUCAUGACGAGUUCCUAUUGUGGUUUCCCCAAAGUUUUUCAAAUCUCACCUGUAUCGAGCUCUAACCUCAAAGAUGAUUUUUAAUGGUCAGAUCCUUUGUGAACUGCUGCAUUACUGUAAGUGCUGGCCUUCCAUAAAAUGUUUCAUAUGGUAUCACUCAA